AGGGCCGGGGAGAGAGUGCCCAGACACAAGGCAUUGUGCCACCAGGACUGGGCGACAAGACUCACAGUCAGGAGCCUUGGGACUCACCAUCCAGAGGCCAUGCUGCUGGGGCUGACUCUCGGCCUCCUGUGGAGCGCCACCUGCUGGGCAGAGCAGAUGUAUGGGGCCGGAGGAGGCACGUAUUUCAGCACCUCCAGUGACUGUGAAAUCACCGGAGUCCGGGUGGCUGUGGAUCUCAUUGGCCUGGUGAAAAGCAUCCAGGUGCGAUGUGGCAACUCCUGGGGCCGGGUGUUUGGCGCCUCGGGUGGGACGACCCAGGAGUUCCUCCUGCAGCCGGGAGAACACAUCGAUACCAUCUUCGGCUCCCACAGGGUGUUUAUCCGGUUCCUGUUCAUAUCCACAGACUGGGGGCGCUACGCCUUGUUUGGGCGGGAAAGUGGCAACAGCUUCUUGGCCGGUGGUGGGGGGAAGGUGCUCACAGGAAUCUGUGGUCAGCAUAAGAUUUUAGGCCUUUCAGGCCUCUGCUUUCGCUGGGACUACCCUCCAGAGGAGGAGGAGGAAACCACUGCCCCACCCCCUACCUCCGCUGAAUGA